AUGUACCGAGCUUUUAAAAUCGCCGCUUCUGAUCUCCAGGGCAAAGAGAGAAUUCCCCAAGGGGUGACUUAUAACCUUGGAGGUGGCAGCCGUCCAACCUCCUCCAUCCGAGGUGUUCAACGUGGUGCGGAUCAUUUCGGCACAUUUGAUGUAACCCCCAAACACGACACUAUCACCAAAGGAGAUGGUGUUAGUUUUAAUGUUGAGACAGUGCCCAAAGCCCUCAAGGAUCACCUCCAAAAACCUCCAGUAUCCCGCCAAGCGCUCAUUGAGAGCCUACAGGCAUCACUGGCUGAAAGUUACACUGUCAACAGAAAUGAUGGUUUACCUAUCUACCCAGGAGGGCCAGGCUCUACGACGGCUUCAGAUGUGAAGAUGGAGGCACUGUCCAACACUGGAGAAGGAGGAGACAAGAAGCUAGUACAUGCAGGGUCAAACGGAUUGGUCAUGGCCAUGGUGACUGCUUUUGCCCAGCACUUGCCAUUAGAGCUCUCCCCUGACUCUAUCUGGAUUGCAAUCUCAUAUGCCUUUGCCAAGCAUGUGGACAAGAAUGCUGAAGCUCUACGAAAGAAUUUUGUGCAGCAUGAAGGAAAGAAGCGCCUCUUGGUGGAAACCGAUCCUAGCUUUGCCAUGAGCAAAGGAGGAGACCCCGACACAGGUGCCUCAGCCAAAGAAUGGGAGAACCAAAUCUUUCCAGCUUUCUCGAGGCAAAUCAAGGACCACAUCGGCAAGAAGACUCAUGAAGCAAUCGCAGCCAGCUUUACCACUACCACAGCCUCGGCGAAGGCUUGCCAUGAAAUCACCCUCAUGUCGGCUAUGAAGAACUACUUUAGUUAUGGCAUGAGAACUUGUUGUGGCAUUCCUGAAAUCACAUUGUUAGGGACAGUGGACGACUGGGUUCAGCUGCGUGCCCGAGCUGAACAUUUGGGGAGCCUGAUGACACCAGAAUUCUCCGAGUACUGGAUGCCCCUUUUGCUGCCUGUAUUGGAUGAAUUUGUGGAGAGCUACAAGGGCAAUGUAAACCAUGGCUUUUGGCAGUCCAUGGUGAAGCUCCGCUACACAGGAGGUGGGUCUGGAUCCCACACUUUCAUCUCUGGUUGGAUGCAAAUCCUAUUUCCUUAUCUGGGAUCAGGCCGUCUCACCAAGAGCCUCAAGCCAUGGCAUGAGAUGUACUUUUAUGGCCCAGAGCUUGGCAGCUUCCCACCUCUCGCUUCAUCCGCCCCGGUGGAUUGGGAAUACCAUGGCGCCACUUUUGACCUCGAGUUCUUUGCUGGUGUCAUUGGAUUCGCCCAAGACAACUCUAACGGCGCCCUUUCUCCUGUGCUGGGAUGGUAUGUUGCUCAUGCUCCUCCAAAGUCCCCGUCCCUUCAGCUGAAGGAAGCCAAAAAAGAGCUCAAUGAUCUCAUGCUGGGUCACAAGGAAGAGGCAUCGGCCGAACAAGUCGAUGAGAAAGCUCCGUGGUAUCAGCGUGUUUCGUUUCUCAAGGAUAAGAUCCUCAAAUUGGAGAGCACAGCUGCAAACCAAUGCAUCUCUUAA